AUGCCUGACACAUGUGAUGUGGUAAUUCAGAUAUGGAAAAAAUUUCAAGAACUAUACAAGAUAAUAACAACAGACAACACAAGCACUGAUACCUCUGGUAAUUAUUUUGAAAUGGCAAGAGAAUGGAUAAACCUUUUUACAUCAUUGAGGAGAACAUCAAUCCACAGUGGAUAUAAGAGAGCAGCAGUGACCCCUUAUAUGCAUUCACUUGUCUACCAUGUACCCAGAUUUAUGCAGUUGUAUCAAUCAGUCAAAGUCUUCACUGGCCAGGGGGUGGAAAAAAAUAAUGAUGUGGCAAGGAGUGUAAUUCUACGCAAAUCCAAUAAGAAGAACCCUGCAUCAGAUGUUCUUCAAUUAGAAUUCAGGUAG